GUCGUGAGGAGGUGAAUGGAUCGAGCUCAGCUGUUCGCGUCUCCUCCUCCUCCUCCUCCCGCAGCUCGCCCGUCGCUUCGCUGAGCUUUUCUCGAGUAUGGCGCCUUGAGGUCCCGUUCUUUGUUUCACCGCACCGCAGACGCUUCCUCGCUGGUCGUGCGUGUUUCCGUUUGCCUCCCCGCAUUUCUCCGGCGCCGUUGUCAUCUCAACAGCGUCGUUUAUUUUUUUUCAGCUUCGUGAACGUUGUCGCCGCACACUCCCCUCUGCGAGCUAACAGCUAAUGCUAGCCUCGGUUUGAGCUCCAGUGCUACUCGUGCAGGUUUUUAGGUUUUUCCCCCUCCACGGCGGGAGAAGCACCGAGCAGCACCGAGCAGCAGCGGGGAAGCUUUUGUAACCGCACACCGGCUGCACAGACAUGUCAGCGGCCAACAGGGGAGCAGCUGCCGCGGCAGGCGGCGGCGCGGCGGCUAGCGAGCAUCACAACCAGGAGAACAUGCUGUCAAGACUCAGGGGCUCGCUGAAGAACCGGGCGGCGAACGACAACCAGGAGAACCUGCCCCCGAAGCAGGCGUCCACCAGAACCGUCCUGGGAGCCCUGCAGAACAACCAGCGGAGCAAAGCCCAGAACCAGCGCGGCUCCAAGCAGGAGUCAUCGCAGCCAUUGUCUUGUAAAAAUGAAGAUUUCAGCAAAAGCUGUCAGGAGAAGCCCUCUGCCAAGCAGCCGUCAUUCCAGAUCCACCUUGAUGAGCCUGAUGGCGCCUGCGUCAAAAAGUCACAGCAGGUGGUCAAAGCCAAGGUCGUCGCAGAAGACUCUCCACUCACCAUCGACAAUGCUGUGGCACGGCUCCGACAGCCCCUCGCCAACAUUGACAUUCCAUCGGCGAUGGAUGUCAGCUUUGACUCUCCCAUGGACAUGUCUGUGGUUGAGGGGGAGGAGAAGUCUUCCAAUGUAAAUGAGGUCCAUGAAUAUGCUGCUGAAAUCCACACGUACCUGAGGGAGAUUGAGAUCAAAUCCAGGCCUAAAGCCGGCUACAUGAAAAAGCAGCCAGACAUCACAAACAGCAUGAGGGCCAUCCUGGUCGACUGGCUGGUGGAGGUCGGCGAAGAGUACAAGCUACAGAACGAGACGCUGUAUCUGGCCGUUAACUACAUCGAUCGCUUCCUGUCUUCGAUGUCUGUCCUGAGGGGGAAGCUUCAGCUCGUCGGCACGGCUGCUAUGCUGCUCGCAUCGAAAUUUGAGGAGAUCUACCCCCCUGAGGUGGCCGAGUUCGUUUACAUCACAGAUGACACCUACACCAAGAAGCAAGUGUUAAGAAUGGAGCAUCUGGUGCUUAAAGUGCUCUCCUUUGAUCUGGCAGCACCAACAAUCAACCAGUUUCUAACCCAGUACUUCCAGCACCAGUCUGUUAGCAAACAGGUGGAGAGCAUGGCAAUGUACUUUGGAGAGCUCAGCCUGAUUGACUCAGAUCCCUUCUUAAAGUACUUGCCAUCACAGACGGCUGCUGCAGCCUACACCCUGGCUAACCACACACUGACUGGCGGCUCAUGGCCCAAGUCUUUGACUGAGAUGUCCGGCUACUCCCUGGAAGAUCUGAUGCCCUGUGUCGAGGAUCUGCACCGGACGUACGUCGCUGCUGCUCAGCAUGCCCAGCAGUCUGUCCAGGAGAAGUACAAGACCUCAAAGUACCUAAGUGUUUCUGGCAUCGACGCUCCAGCGAAACUGCAGCUGAACUGACCUCGUCCCUUGUCUGUGUAGCGUUGUACCCCCUGUCAGUCUUUUUAAAAUUUAUUUUUUUUCUGAUGUAACGCAGUUUAACAAUCUGACCUGCUCUUCUUGGAGUCGUGCUGGAUGUUUAGAGUUUUUACUGAUAUUUUUAUAUACUUAAUUCUGACACUCAUGCCAAGAUGUGUUGGUUGAUCAGGCAGUUUUAACGUCGACUUUUAAUCACAGACAAAAUGUAGAGGUUAUCACCACCACUUGAUGCUUUGAUCUGCAGCAUCUCUGCUCCACCAGAUGUUUGAAUGUACUCAAACCCAGCAUUUUUCACUUUAUAGUUGCUGGUUACACUUUUAAAAGACAUAUACUCAAGGUUGGCCACACGAGAGCUACAACCUUUUUUUAAAAGUGGUGUAACUUAAAUGUUUGGCCUCGUAUGAUGCAGAUUAAAGUAUAUUUUGUCUGUCA